GAGGUGAGCCUGGCCUCCUGUCUUCCAGCUGCGGGAGUACAAGGUGGUGGGGCGCUGCCUGCCCACCCCCAAGUGCCACACGCCCCCGCUGUACCGCAUGCGCAUCUUCGCCCCCAACCAUGUGGUCGCCAAGUCCCGCUUCUGGUAUUUUGUGUCCCAGCUGAAGAAGAUGAAGAAGUCCUCGGGGGAGAUCGUCUACUGCGGGCAGGUGUUCGAGAAGUCCCCCCUGCGAGUGAAGAACUUCGGCAUCUGGCUGCGCUAUGACUCGCGCAGCGGCACCCACAACAUGUACCGCGAGUACCGCGACCUGACCACCGCGGGGGCCGUCACCCAGUGCUACCGAGACAUGGGUGCCCGGCACCGCGCCCGUGCCCACUCCAUCCAGAUCAUGAAGGUGGAGGAGAUCGCCGCCAGCAAGUGCCGCCGGCCUGCGGUCAAGCAGUUCCACGACUCCAAGAUCAAGUUCCCGCUGCCCCACCGUGUCCUACGUCGCCAGCACAAGCCGCGCUUUACCACCAAGAGGCCCAACACCUUCUUCUAGGGCCUCCCGGCCCCCAAUAAACCCAGAACACCCGGGUG